AUGAUGAAAAAUCACGUGCAGCAACAUCCAAUAAAAUUUAGCUUAAAGCUCGAGGCUACUUAUAACCGAUCAAACGUACCCAAUUCGUCCGAAAAUAGGGUGUUUAAAACAUCAGCAGUUGAAGUUUUUUCGGAAAGUAACAUUGCUGAGAUUAUUGAAAGAGCUUAUAUAAAAUUAUUGACCGAGAAAGAAGCUUAUACUAGCAGAGGAAGCGGGUUUACCCUGGAAUCUAUAGAUGGGCUAUUGUUGACCGUGUACAAAUACACACCGAUGGACGGGUCGUCAUACAUACCGCUGCCUGCGUAUAUUGAUAGAAAACGGGGUACAAUAAAUCCUCAGAAUGUAGACCAACAGUGCUUCAAGUGGGCUGUAUUAGCCAAGCAUGUGACAGGGCCGGCGGUAAACCGUAUAGGAGAAAAUUAUAGACAACACGAGGACAAAUACAAUUUCAAUGGUAUAUCGUUCCCAACUCCAUUAUCCGACGUUAAGAAAUUCGAAUAUAAUAACCCGACUGUCUCUGUGAAUGUGUAUGGGUUAGACAAAAAGUUUCAGCCACCGCGUAAAUAUCCGACGUACGAGGUGUACCCGCUACUAGCGACGCACUACAAUCUAUGCAAAAUCGAGUUUACCCCACCUUCAGAGAUACUAUAUCGUAAGACAGCUGACCAUUGCCAUCUCACAGGAAAAUACCGUCAAGCUCUCUGCAAUGUAUGCAACCAAAAACUACAAACACCCGUUUUUGUACCGUGCUACUUCCAUAACUUGUCCAACUAUGACGCGCAUCUGAUAGUCACAGAACUUGGUUAUGACACCCAGACUAUUAGAGUAAUACCAAACACUGAGGAAAAAUACAUAUCAUUCUCUAAAUAUGUGUCAAGCAAAUUCCAAAUCCGUUUCAUAGACACUUUUAGAUUCAUGGCAUCAGGACUAUCAACUCUAGCUAAAAAUCUUGUAACACCAGGUCUGGAGAACUUCAGAGAGACCGCUAAAGUUUUUAAUAAAGUCGAUAUGUCGCUCGUGACUCGGAAGGGAGUGUACCCGUACGAGUACACAGAUAGUUGGAGCAGGUUGGAUGAAGAGAGACUACCGAGGAAGAGGGACUUUUAUAGCACGUUAAACGAGUCGGGAAUAAAGGAAGAGGAAUACACGCAUGCAAAGGAGGUCUGGGACCACUUCGGUUGCAAGACGUUGGGCGAGUACAGUGAUCUGUACUUGAAAAUCGACGUGUUGCUGCUGGCGGACGUCCUUGAAAAUUUUCGCGAUGUGUGCCUUAAGACAUACAACUUGGACGCGGCGUAUUAUUUCACUGCACCAGGAUUAAGUUUUGACGCGAUGUUGAAGUUUACCGGGAAAAAGUUGGAGCUGUUGAGUGAUUACGAUAUGUUAUUAAUGUAUGAGAAUGGUAUUCGUGGUGGAUUAGUGCAGGCAAGCAUGAGACAUGCCAAAGCCAAUAAUAUAAAGACCCCAGACUAUGACGAAACUAAGGAGAAAUCGUGGUUGAUAUACCAGGACUGUAAUAAUCUCUAUGGCUGGGCUAUGUGUCAGUAUAUGCCAUACGGUGACUUCAAUUGGGUUGAAUCCAACUUGAACGAACUGAGUGAGAUGUCACCAACGUCAGACAAAGGGCGAGUAUACGAAAUUGAUGUCUCAUACCCACAACAUUUACAUGAUAAACAUAAUGACCUGCCUUUACUGCCACAAAACGGUAUACCAUCAGGCUCAAAGGUGAAAAAAUUGAUGUCAACGUUUAAGCAGAAGAAAAAUUAUAUUAUACAUUACCGGAACCUACAGCAGGCAAUUGAAAAUGGGUUAAUAGUUGAAAAAGUGCAUAGAGUUUUAGAAUUUAGCCAGUCUGCAUGGUUGGCGGAUUACAUUAACUUAAACACAGAGAUGAGGAAGAAGGCACAGAACGACUUUGAGAAAGAUUUUUUCAAAUUAAUGAAUAAUGCGGUAUUUGGGAAGACUAUGCAAUCGAAAAGAAAGGAAAUGAAGAUGGAGUUGGUGUCGUGUGAGAGACGAUUACAAAAACUUAUUAAUAAGACGACAUUUAAACAUGCUACCAACUAUAACGAAAACCUGAACGCGGUGGCACUAGAAAACAAAAUAAUCAAAUUUGAUAAGCCAAUAUAUAUUGGAUUUGCUGUUCUUGACAUAUACUUACCUACCUCUACCUAAUCUGUGAGAUUAUGAAUGCU